UCCAAUGGGACAGGUGCCCCCUAGGAGGAAGCCUGCCCAGCCCAGAGGCGGGUGCCCAUGAACAGCGAUGGCCCCAAAAAAUUGGCCGUGGGCAAAGUGAGGUACUUCGGUCAACAUCACGGGGAGGUUAACUGCUCUGCCUUCUCCCCUGAUGGCAAGAUCCUGCUCACAGCCUCUGAUGACGGUUUUGUGUAUGUAUGGGAGACAAAGAGUAGGCGACUGCUCUGGAAACUGACAGGCCACAGAGGCCCAGUGAAGUUCUGUCGCUUCCCCGAUGGCUGCCUGGUUGCCAGUUCCUCCUGCGACCACACUGUACGCCUGUGGGAUGUGGGCAAAUCCAAGUGUCUACAUGUACUGAAAGGUCACCAGCGGAGUGUGGAGACAGUGAGCUUCAGCCCUGAUUCAAAACAGCUGGCAUCAGGUGGCUGGGACAAGAGGGUGAUUCUCUGGGAGGUGCAGUCUGGUCACAAAGUACGCCUCUUGACUGGGCAUCAUGAUUCCGUCCAGAGCAGUGACUUCUCCCCAACUUCGGACUCUUUGGCCACUGGUUCCUGGGACUCGACUGUGCACAUCUGGGACCUGCGGGUGGCAAGCCCAGCUAUCUCCUACCAGGAGCUGGACGGUCACACAGGCAAAAUCAGAUGCUUGUGCUACUCAGCAUCUGGCCUCUUGGCAUCUGGCUCCUGGGACAAGACCAUCCGCCUCUGGAAGCCCACAACUAGCAGCUUGCUUUUCUAGCUCAAGGGCCACGGCACCUGGGUGAAGAGCCUCGCCUUUUCUCCUGAUGAGUUAAGGCUGGCCAGUGCCGGCUACUCCCGUAUGGUCAAAGUCUAGGACUGUAACACAGGACAAUGCCUCGAGACGGUAAAGGGCCUGUUGGAUGUGGCCCACGCCUGUGUUUUCACCCCAGAUGGCAAACUUAGUGUCAGGGGCUGCUGUGACAAGAUGACACGUCUCCUGCUUUAA